CCAAACCCAACCGUGACUGAAGGACUCCAUCAUGCCUAGAUCCAGCGGUGUGAGAUUUCGAAUCGGUUCCCCAGCCACCAUGGAGGAACGGAGGGGGAGAGUCCGGAACUUAACCACCCUUCAUCAAGAGGGAAGGGAGGUGGGUGGCCUGGCGCAAUUGUUUUGGACUUUGGCAGUCGGGUUAGGUUACAAUGAUGCAGCACUAAAGGAUUGGUUUAAUAAUUGCCUGGAUGAUCCUUUACCUCAAUGGGAGAUGAAGGGGUUAGAGAUCCUGGACUUUUGGGGGUUUACCAAUUACCUGCACCAUCGUGCUCAGUGGAAUGCAACAACCACACCAGAGUUUCCAGACAAGGCUGCCAGCUCAGCCCCACAACCCAAGAUGGCCACCAGCCCAGCCCCACAGCCCAAGAUGGCCGCCAGCCUAGCGCCACAGCUCAAGAUGGCCGCCAGCCCAGCACCACAGCACAAGAUGGCCGACUCAACGCCACCGACUCUCCAUCGUAGAGGGCGGAGGAGGAGACAGGCAGCUACUGUUCCUCAGGACCCGGAGAACGUUCCCGAGCGGGCGGCUGCCGUCCAUGAGGCCAUUCCCGAUGCGGUGCCCGCUGCUGUUCCGGAGGCGGUGGUCGAGGCUGUUCCCGAUGCGGUGCCCGCUGCUGUUCCGGAGACCGAGGCGGUGGCCGAGGCCGUUCCCGAUGCGGUGCCCGAUGCAGUCUCCGAGGCGGUGCCCGAUGCAGUUUCCGAGGCGGUGCCCGAUGCUGUUUCCGAGGCCGAGGCUGUUCCCGAGAAGGUGCUCGAUGCUGUUCGAGAGGCCGAGGCAAUGCCCGAUGCUGUUCCCGAUGUGGUGCCCGCUGCGGUUCUGGAGGCCGAGGCGGUACCCGCUGCUGUUCCGGAGGCCGAGGCGGUGGCCGAGGCCGUUCCCGAUGCGGUUCCCGCUGCUGUUCCGGAGGCCGAGGCGGUGACCGAAGCCGUUCCCGAUGCGGUUCCCGUUGCUGUUCCGGAGGCCGGGGCGGUGGCCGAGGUCGUUCCCGAUGCGGUGCCCGCUGCUGCUCCGGAGGCCGAGGCUGUUCCCGAGGCGGUGCCUGAUGCAGUUCCCGAGGCGGUGCCCGAUGCAGUUCCCGAGGCGGUGCCCGAUGCUGUUCCCGAGGCGGUGCCCGCUAAUGUUCCGGAGGCCGAGGCGGUGCCCGAUGCAGUCUCCGAGGCGGUGCCCGAUGCAGUUCCCGAGGCGGUGCCCGAUGCUGUUUCCGAGGCCGAGGCUGUUCCCGAGAAGGUGCUCGAUGCUGUUCGAGAGGCCGAGGCAAUGCCCGAUGCUGUUCCCGAUGUGGUGCCCGCUGCGGUUCUGGAGGCCGAGGCGGUACCCGCUGCCGUUCCGGAGGCCGAGGCGGUGGCCGAGGCCGUUCCCGAUGCGGUUCCCGUUGCGGUUCUGGAGGCCGAGGCGGUGCCCGCUGCUGUUCCGGAGGCCGAAGCGGUGACCGAAGCCGUUCCCGAUGCGGUUCCCGUUGCUGUUCCGGAGGCCGAGGCGGUGCCCGAUGCUGUUCCCGAGGCGGUGCCCGAUGCUGUUCCCGAGGCGGUGCCCGAUGCAGUUUCCGAGGCGGUGCCCGAGGCAGUUCCCGAGGCGGUGCCCGAGGCAGUUCCCGAGGCGGUGCCCGAUGCAGUUCCCGAGGCGGUGCCCGAUGCUGUUCCCGAGGCGGUGCUCGAUGCUGUUCCCGAGGCGGUGCCCGAUGCAGUUCCCGAGGCGGUGCCCGAUGCAGUUCCCGAGGCGGUGCCCGAUGCUGUUCCCGAGGCGGUGCCCGAUGCAGUUCCCGAGGCGGUGCCCGAUGCUGUUCCCGAGGCGGUGCCCGAUGCAGUUCCCGAGGCGGUGCCCGAUGCUGUUCCCGAGGCGGAGCCCGAUGCAGUUCCCGAGGCGGUGCCCGAUGCAGUUCCCGAGGCGGUGCCCGAUGCAGUUCCCGAGGCGGUGGCCGAUGUUGUUCCCGAGGCGGUGCUCGAUGUUGUUCCCGAGGCGGUGCCCGAUGCAGUUCCCGAGGCGGUGCCCGAUGCAGUUCCCGAGGCGGUGCCCGAUGCAGUUCCCGAGGCGGUGCCCGAUGCUGUUCCCGAGGCGGUGCCCGAUGCAGUUCCCGAGGCGGUGCCCGAGGCUGUUCCCGAGGCGGUGCCCGAUGCAGUUCCCGAGGCGGUGCCCGAUGCAGUUCCCGAGGCGGUGCCCGAUGCUGUUCCCGAGGCGGUGCCCGAUACAGUUCCCGAGGCUGUUCCAGAGGCGGUGCCUGAUACAGUUCCCGAGGCGGUGACCACAAGGCCGUGGUGGUCUUCUACUCCGCCCUGGGGGACUCUGGCGGUGACCACGAGGACGUGGUGGUCGUCCGCUCCACCCUGGGGGACUCGGGCGGUGACCACGAGGACGUGGUGGUCGUCCGCUCCGCUCUGGGGGACUCCGGCGGUGACCAUGAGGACGUGGUGGUCUUCUGCUCCGCCCUGGUGGACUCCGGCCUCGACCACAAAGACGUGGUGGUCUUCCGCUCCGCCCUGGAGGGCUUUGACUUUGACCACAAGGCCGUGGUGGUCUUCCGCUCCGCCCUGGUGGACUCCGGCCUCGACCACAAAGAUGUGGUGGUCAUCUGCUCCGUCCUGGUGGACGCCUCAACAUGCCCUUCAUGGACUUAUGUUUUGUGUUUUUUGAGUUCUGUUUCUGUCUGUUCCUUUUAGUUUAGUCUGGCCCUCCUUCCCUCCCCCUGAGCCUCCACCUGUCCGCCUCCCUCCUGGACUCCUUGUUUUGUGUUGCACCUUUCCAUUCCUCCUGGUUGCUCCUGUCCCUGUUUUCUGUCCCUCCGUCCCUCCCCCUGGUCCGCCGCCGUUCCACCUCCCUCCUGCCUCUUUUUCUGUUGGGGUUUUCCUGGGUUUAGGUGGAGCAUCUGGUAGCUGCUCCGUAGGGAGGGGGUAAUGUCACGCUGCCAGUCUUUGUUUUCCUGGGUGUUCCCUAGUGAGCUCACUUCCCCUUAGGCACUUCACCAUAGGCACUUUAAUUCCGCUAGUCUGGUUGUGUCUUCACAGUAAUUGCACUCCAAUUAGAAUCGCACAGGUGUUGACAAUACUCUGUCAUUAGUUUCCCUAUAUAGAGCUGUCUUUCUCUGUUGUCAUCAUGGAGUCCUUACCCUAUGUGUCUCAUGCUCUCGUUCCCCCGAGACUUCCUCUACCUUCUCAUUCUUCCGAGUUCCCCGUUUCAUCCGGUUCCCUCUUUUGGUUACGUUUGUCUCUCAUGACUGUUUAUUUUUGUAGUUACCCCUCUGUUUAAAUAAAAACCCUUACCUGCAUUUGGAUCUACCCUCUC